AUGGAAAGUUACAUCCGGGGUGUUACACCAGAUCUGGACCGGGGUCGCGACGUCGGCCACCCAGCACCACCACGCUGCCCCGCUGCCAAGGAGCGCCGCCGACACCACGCCUGCCGCCGGACCGCAGCCAAGCAGGGCUGCACUGCCGCCGCCUCCCUGCCCCGGAAAGGGAGCACGCGCGCGCGGGGACAAGAAGGCCCACCGCCGCCGAAUUUCGUUGGCGCAAAACUUGGAGGUAGUCCACCUUCUGGGCGGUGGCGAGCUCGUAUUCUAUUCGCCAUCGUGUUCGUGCACACCAGAAGGGAGCCAGUCCAGCAUUACACCACCCGUCCAAUCACGCCCGGGAAUCCUCCGGUGGGCGGUUGGGUGGGCGGCCGGGGAACAUGCUGCUACCAGAGUGAGAGAGCGUUAUUACAUCCCUGCACUGAGCAGUCUCUCCUCAACAGCUCACAUUCUCCCCCCGAAGCCAAGCCGAAUCCCCUUUCUCCCGGAGCCUCACCAAUCUCGAUCGACGACGCAAGGCUGCCGACCGGCCGGAACCCAGUCGACUCGAGCUCCUUCAACAGUGCGCAGCGCUCGAGCUCGAAGAACAUACAGGUAUGGGCACCGCUGGGGAAGAAGCGUGACAUCGAGCGCAUGAAAGAGACUAUGGAGCUGAUCAAGACAACCAUGAUGAAGGCGCGGCAAGGGAUGAUGGCUGCACCAUGAACCUCCUCGUUUUGCUAGCUUUAGCCUUGAUGUUUCGCAUUUGUGAUAUCGAACUUGUGGCUGCGAUCUCCUUAGCUAUAUCUUGAGCCAUGUGCUCGUUUGACUGUCUUUAUUUGGCUUGUAAGACUCUAUGUGUGGAUUCUGCCUGGUGGCUUUAUUAAGUUAAAGCCGGACGCAGCUAGCGUCUAUGUUAAAAAAAAAACAGAAUUUCGUUGUCCAAUUCAUGUCGAUUUUGCAUCACACCAACGAAACGUCCCUUCAUAAAGAAAUG